CAUUUGCGCCUGGGGGUACUUUAUCUCGAGCGUUUCUAUUUUAAGCUUUCUAAUGUGGUGAUAGGCCUAUCAAAACCCCGCAGGAGGUACAAUGGAUUCUCCCAGCAUGAAGAAAUACUAGGUAGGUAAGCGUUCUUCCUGGCUUGCAAACAUUGCGAGUUGCAAUUCAAUUGGCUUUCCCAAGUGCAGUAGGUGGUUAGUUUAGUUCUUUGGAAGGUUCUACUGGAAACGUGCUAUAUUUCAGAUUAUUCCCGAAGGUCCCGACGCGCUACGCGCUACAGAAAGGGGAUUUCCUAUAGGGAUAAUCCUCUGUUUAGGUAUCGCCGGUCCCCUUUUGGUGUGAGCUGUGAGCAAAGGAGCAUUAUCUGCGCAGGACUCGAGGUUGGUACCUCUUAUCGCGUCACCAGCUAGCUACGCGAAUAUGGUUUUUAGGGCCCUUGGAGGUACGGGUGGUCCCCUCCACUUCUGGCGAAACUUUCUGGAUGGAUGCAUCCCAUUUAUGCCUGUACGGCGUCAUUCCUGCACAGUGCGUCCGAGUAUAGAUGUUUAAAUGUCACUUUACUUUUUCGUCUUUUGGGUGAGGAGAUAAGGUGGGUUGGGGAGUACAUAUACCCCGUCUGAUGCCUGUUCGAGUGGAGUAUCUUGAGUUGGUUUUUUGUACAGUUUGGUACAUGAGCUAGCUGAUCAUCCGCUACUUUUUCUCUCUCUACAGUAAUAAUACUUCAAUAAAAGUCACCCAUCGUAUGAUACUUUAAUCCCCGGGUUGGUUGUUGCCUCUCUAUGUUUACCCCUCUACGACUGCCGCUGACCAUUUUUGCAGGCAAGAUCCCCCAAUUGGUAUUGUUCCAUAAUGGCGACUGAAGAAGUGAAGUUCUCUUCGUCUAGGCCCUCGAGCGAAGGGAAUAAGGUGGAGGAGCACAUCAUUGAAAAUGGCUCAAUUUCGGAUUUCGAAGAGGGGGUGUGGAAGGAGAAGGAGAAGAAGUUGGCGAGGAAGAUCGAUCGCAAUAUCAUCCCUCUGACAAUGUUGCUCUAUAUGUUUAGUUUCUUGGAUCGAGGUGAGUUGGUUGAUCUGAUAUCUGGGAAUGAGAUGGUGGGGAGAGUUUAGGGGAGAGGGGCUAAUUGGUGUAAUAGUCAAUAUUGGGAAUGCGAAGUUGUAUGGUCUGCAGCAGGAUCUGGGGUUGAAGGGGAAUCAGUAUCAGAUUGCUGUUUCGAUUUUGUUUGUUACUUAUUGUGUAAGUUUCUUCCCAUCUUGCGGAGAGGGUGUUAUUCCAGUUAUUGUUUUNUUUUUUUUUUUUCAAUUAAGAUGACAUGUUAGCUAAUUGACUUAUUAUAUUACAGUUGAGUGAAGUCCCCGCGAAUCUGACAUUCAAAAAAGCCACGCCGCGUGUCUAUUUCCUUGUCCUCUCCCUGGCGUGGGGUAGCAUAGCAACACUCACCGGCGCCGUGCAGAAUUUUGCAGGAUUGAUUGCCGUGAGACUUCUCAUGGGUUUGUUUGAGGGGGGUUUGAUACCGGCUCUUGUCACAUAUCUUACGCUCUUUUAUACUCGGGAACAACUUGCCUUGAGGGUUGGAUAUCUCUUUUGUGCAUCGGCCUUCUCUGGGGGUGUUGGGGGUAUGCUUUCAUAUGCGAUUGGAUAUAUGGAUGGGAUCGCGGGUCUCAGGGCAUGGCGUUGGUUAAUGAUCAUUGAAGGUAAUUAAUUCCAUGCUAUCAUCUUUGUUGGCGUUUUAUGGGUAUUUGGAUUCAAUUUACUGAUAUCGUUACAUUAUAGGUCUCCCAGCCAUCUUCCUUGGAAUUGCAGCAUACUUUGUAUUUCCGAAUAGUCCUGAUGUUGCAAAGUUUCUGUCAGCGGAAGAGCGCGCAUUCUUGGUUGAGGCCAAAAUGAGAGAGGUGGGUCAAACUGCCUCGGGGCAGGAGUUCCAUUGGAAAGAUGUCAAAGAAGGCACGAGGGAUUGGCAAAUUUGGAUGCUUGGAUUUUGUCAGUUUUGUAAUGAUCUUAUGCUGUAUGGGUUCAGUACCUUUCUUCCGAGUAUCAUCAAAGGGACUGGUACUUGGACAUCACUUCAAGCUCGUAAGUCUUGCCUGUAACUACCGUCGCUUCCUCAUUCACAAUGCUUCGAAUGGCCCUUUGGUUUUCAUUCUAUCACCAUCUUCUAGCUCUCUGUUUUUAAUCCACCUCCCAGAAGCCCUAACCGUUCCCGUCUACGCCCUCGGAACCAUCGUCUUCCUCGUCAUAGCCUACAUAAGCGACCGCCAACACCGACGCGGCCCCUACGCCGCAAGCUUCGCCAUGGUAUCAGUCGUAGGAUUCUGCAUGCUCAUUGCAAGCACCAACUCCGCCCUCUCCUACGCAGGCUGCUUCGUAGUCGCCAUGGGGAUGUACGUCACGGUCGGACUGCCUCUCGCGUGGCUAGGGGGCAACAAACCACGAUACAGCAAGCGAGCGUUCGCCAUCGCGACGCAAGUCACGAUGGGCAAUGUCGCGGGCAUUGUGUCGCCGUUCCUGUUCCAGGAUCGGGAUGCGCCUCGCUAUACCAUGGGGUAUGGGGUGAUUAUUGCGGCGUCGACGACGGCUGCGGGGCUCUUUGCGGGGUUGUCGUUUUAUUAUAAGGUGGUGAAUAGGCGGAGGAGGGAGGGGAGGGAGGAUUGGAAGGUGGCAGGGAUGAGUGAGGAUGAGAUUGCGGAGUUGGGAGAUAAGAGUCCCAGGUAUGUUUAUGCGCUUUGA